CCGGUAAGCAAAAGUUGCCUGUAUUGGGCAACACCGCUCUUCCUUAAUUUACAGAUUGUCACACGAAAAUUUAAGUAAGUCUAAUAAUAUAUGUAUACAAUUAAAAUCACAUAUAACAAUUGUUUAUAGAACUAGGUAAGUAUCGGGGUUGUCAGACAUGCAGUAGAAAAUAGUAAAAAAGUAAAAAAAGGAAUUCGUUUAUAAAACGAAUUAACGUUUUUGCAUUAUUAAAAUAUUAUUUUAUUAAAUACCUACUUUUCUGUAACUAUGCAGUUAUUUUAUAUUUUAUUAAUGAGGGUACACAAUAAAAGUGCGUUACUACUUACUAUGUAGUAAACUUAUGACUGUAUGGAGUGUUCCGCAGAUAAGGUGUCAGAUGGUGUGAUAUCGUUAUCGUUAUCAAGUGAUAACUGAUAAAUGAUAAGACAGUCAGUGAGUAGUGUUCCUUGGCUCGACACGCAUCAUGCCGCUUUGAACUAUGGAGUUGGACCUGUUAAUAGUGACGUCGGUGCUGGGCGGCGUGUCGUUGCUCCUGCUAGUGCUGGUGCUGGUGCUGUUCCUGCAGCUUAACUCCUUGAAGAGGCAGCUGAGGCAGACUCCUUCUAUAAGAGUGCAGAAACUCAGGAUGGACGACAAGAACCACGCCUUCCAAAACCCGACGAUUUCGCCUGAUGAGGAGCUGUCCCGGCGCGGGUACUCAAUGUACGUGGCCGACGACGCCGAGAGGGCAGCCGAGCGGCAGACGGGUGGGCAGUUCGUAGAGGAACUCUCUCGAGAGCUGGACCACCGGCAGCAGCGGCAGUCCACGGCACCGCCGUUCCUGCUGCAGAGCAUCCAGGAGAACAAGCGGAAGAGCCUGUCCAACCCUGCGGCAAGGCAGAGCGAGACUAACCCCAACUUUAUCUACUAAAAACUGGAUAAUGCCGAGAACGUCUUCAACAUAUAAGCAGUGCGAAACUAACCCUAGCUUAAUAUUAAAACAUUAGCAGAAGGUCAUGGUUCUAUUUGCAUUCCGGUUGCUGAAUAUCCAGGAGAACAAGGAAGAGCCUGCCCAAUCCUGCUGCGAGGCAGGCUGUCACAAACUCCAACUUUAUCUACUAAAAACUGAGAACAAACAGAGAGCGUCUCCAACAGAUACACAGCGCCAAACUAACCCUAACUUGAUGUAUUAGUACCCUAACAGAAGGCCAUGGUUCCAUUCCUGCUGAAGAGCAUCCAGGAGAUCAAAAAAGCUUGUCCAACCCCGCGGCUAGGCAGAGCUAGACGAACUUUAACUGUAUAUACUAAGUGCAGCAGAAGUCCAUAUCUCUGUUCUUACCUUCCUCCGCAGAAAGACAAAUGAAAAGCUACUUUUAACUCCGUAUAGGGCACAGAAAACCCUAAAUUCAUAUACUUACUAGCCCAUCUUAUACGUUUAUUAUGCGGUGAUAGCGCUGAUAUCAUGAAUUUGUUAUUGGAAUUGAAAAUCUAAUGAAUCGGCCUUGAUUCCUCGAUUUCAACACUGGUACUAUAUUAUACCAUGUCCUUCUCUAUCUUUCUAUUCUGUUUACCGAAUAAUUAGGUGUUAUUGUAAUCCCUAUGAUCUUUUAAUAAUGUGAUGAACUUACAGACUUAUAUCUGACGGCAUAAUAAGUGCCAAGUAAAAUGAAAAUCUUGCCAAAGGCAACCAGAGUCAAGACAAGAAGUCAGUAUGGCAAGACAAGACAGUCCAAAAAAUUACAAAUAUUUAUUUAGGUAAUGUUUACUUUUAGUGCACGAAAUAAGCAUGGUUUUUGCUAUAGCAUUUCUCUGUCAUAUGUAUAAGCAUGUGUGUAGCACCAAAAAUGUGAGAACAGUCCUUAAUUCCUUAUGUAAGCAGUUCCGCUGUUCCAGAUUGCAGAAAAUGCAUGUGCCAAAUAAACUCCAAUAUUUUAAAAUGGAUGCGAAGCUUGGUUUAAAACUGGUAUUGUCUGCUGUGUGAGCACACGAGGACGCACCAGUGCGCUCAUUCACCACACAAUGCCGACUGUGAGUGAAAAUGCUUUUUAACCAGCUUUCGAAAGAAAACUACGGUUCAAAAAGAUAAUAAUUUAUUUUAAGGUUUACAAUUAAGUACGAUUAAAGCUACUCUAAAUCUU